CGAAGAUCUACUACUGAACAACUCAAACGGCAUGAAAUCAUCGAAGAACCGCGUUAGAAACAGCUCGCGCUAUCCGACGAGCAGAUGUGAGAGAAGACAAUGGCAAACAGACGCAGAUGGACUAGUGGCCACCAGAGAGAUCGAAGGUUCUUCUUUAGGACUUUUCUUCCCCAGAAUGAUGGAGAAGAGCCCUCAACACCAGGAGCAGAUCAAAGUAUAAACAUGGAUGACAGUCCUAAGCAAGUAAUUUGUAAGAAAGUUAUCAAGACAGUGAAAAAGCACCCCAAAGGAGUUCCUCUUAAUAAGUUAGCUGACACUUUUGCUCAGAGGUACAAACAGGACCUUUGCCCAACUGAACUAGGGUUCCCCUCGAUGAAAACUUUUGUGGCCUCUCUUAGCAAAGACCUGAGGAUUGAAGAUGGCGUGAUCUUUCACAGGACCCACAAUUCACUUCGGACAGAUGCAGAAUAUGAAAAAACAUGUGAGGAUGUUGUUGAGCUGGUCCAAGAACAUCCAACAGGCAUUCCUCUCAAGGAGUUGUCUGUGUUCUUUAGUCAAAGGUACCAGAGGAACCUUACAGUGUCAGACCACGGUUUCCUUUCAAUCGCCUCUUUCAUUGAUUCUCUGAAAGAUGUGCUAUUGGUGAAACAUGAGAAAGUAUUCCACAAGCAAUACAGAGACAUUUUCGCAACACCUGCAAAUGCAACAGCAGUUAAGAAUGAACCAGCAUGUGCAAACGCAAUAACUGUUAAGAAAGAACCAACACCUGGAAACGCAACAACUGUUAAUAAAGAACCAACACGUGCAAACGCAACAAAUGUAAUCCCAAUAAUUGUAAUGAAAAAUACAUCACCUGCGAUUCCCAAAACAGUAAAGAAAGAACCAACUCCUGCAAUCCCAACCUUGCUAACAAACCCUCCAAUCUCUUUUGGAGCUGACUCUGCUCAAGAAGAUAGAGAAAUGAAGCAAGAACAACUGCUGAAAAAAGUUAAAGAGGUUAUUAGUGCGUAUCCAGCUGCAAGUCAUUCCAUUAGUGAACUGCAGAAUGGCUACUUGCUCUUAUUUGGAUCAGCACUGCCAUUGAAACUCUACAUGUCAUUGUAUGACAACCAUACAGCUAAACUGCUCCCUUCCUCUGGUCCAAUCUUAGAUCAGGGAGAAGCAGGAAAAAAGUGUCUUGCUGCGUCACCACAGAAUAUUAAAGAGGAGCCAAAGAUGGUGCAGCCCAAACCCAUGCCAAUUGGGGUUGAUGAACAAGUAGUCCAGUCAAAGACAGGAUCUGUUUUACUACAGUUUCCAACUUUAACCGUCUCCCCCAUGGCAACCCCUGGUAAUCUGUUCACCAAGGACUUCCCUCCUCUUGGUUUUAAACUGUCAAAAGAUGAGGAGAAGAAGUUGAAGGAGGAUAGGGGCCCAGUCUUUUAUGACUCCUUCUAUAGCCAGCUGAGGGAGGUGCAUGGUGCCAACAUAAGGGCAGCAGAAGCCUUGCUGAAUGAUGGAGACACUGUUAAAAGACAGCGAAAAACCGCGAGCCCAAAUGAUGUGAACAGUUUGGCAGAGGACGUCAUGAGAGCUCUUUCUGCCGAGGGAGAGCAUGUCACUAGCGAGAGGGUGAUAAGCAGAGUGUGCUCACUUUUACAAGUGUCCUCCAUACAAGAUUUGAGGAUUGACCCUCGUUGGCAUCUGCCUGCAGUGAAGGAACUUCAGCGUACCAUUAAAGAGAUCAACAUGUUCAUUGAAUCAGUGGAGGCAAUAUCUUCAGUGUGCACACUCUACGAACUUGGACAGGCAAUGGCCCAUCUGAAGAACAAGAAGCGCUUUGAAGAGCUCCACUUGGGCCCUCUCUGCAAGAUCCCUCUUAUUCAUCGCUUGUUCAAAAUAGAUGUAAAUACUAAAGAUGAUGAUGUGCAUCAGAUUGAAACUGUGGACAUUCUUAGGAGUCUCCGGAUGUUCAGGAGAAAAAGCAGAACAAGUAGAGUUGACCUUCCUGAAUUCCUUAAGCAUCUUGCAGACCAGUACAGCUGUGAGUCACCAUAUGAACUAGGCAUCAGAAUCCAAAGUCUUGGGCUGCCCAUUUCGACAUUGAAUAAGGCAUCAGCUACUGAGCAUUGCUUCAUGGACAGGGCCAAAGAAGCCAUUCAGAAGGAGAUUCUGGAGGAGGUGGAUGCCAGAAUGUUUAAGAUCAAGAAGAACCUGCUAGAACCAGCCCAAGGACCUGUGAUCUACUCCCAGACAGGAUGCUCUGAACUCAGGAAAAAAUACGCAAAUAUGACCGCUUCUGAUGCAGUCCUGGAAAUCUUCCUAAAUUCUGAUGGCAUCUUUAGUAAAAGUAUGACUAAGACGGUUCAGACAUUCCUAUGUUGUAUAGAAAAAGACAGGCUGGCUAGAGCUUUAUUCCAGCUUGCCAUAUGCUGUGGCAACUUGGAAGCUCCCCAGGACCUGGUAGCUAAAGAAAAACCUCAGAAAAAAGUAGAGGCAAUGCAAGCUGCGGAAGCGGGAAUCAUAGAGACACUCCCCACUGAAGCUGAGGUCAAGAGCUACUUUCAGGAGUGUGUCUCUAACUUCAAGACCACACCUACUCUGGCCUAUCUUCGUAUGCUGGAAAAGAAGAUCGCAGAACACUUCAGGCUCAAAGACUUCAGUCAGCUACGACAAGGAACUUUCUUUGAUUUCAUUGUCAAAAACAGAAAGGUCCUCCAGGAGGCAGCAGUGGGUGCUAUCUCUGUUGACACCCAGGACACCGGAACGUAUGGCUUCAGACCUUGCAGACAGGAUGUGUUUGAAUUCAUUAAACAGUGUGGGGAGGGAGAUGCCAGCAGACUGCCGUUCAUUGAAGCUGCUCUGAGAAAUCAUUACAGGAUAAGAGACAGCCGAGAGCUUGGUCAUGGUACCCUCACAUUUCUUGUGAAUUGCACACAGCGCCAAAAAGAACUUAGCGGGGAUGCUAUCACCAGUGUUGUACGCUAUGAGUGUCCUCUGCUCCCUAUCAAUUCAGGCGAAUGUGUGGCAGAUACAGUGGGUUUGCUGGGAGAUGUGAGCCGUGAUCAAGCACUGGCGAGUCUGCUGUCUGCCCCUUUGCUGCAGGAACUGGGGGAGUGGAGUCAGUGGGAGCUGGUGUUUCAGCCCAACCAUGGCCCUCUCAAAGACUUCAUCGAUAAGUACUGUGGUAAGACAGAACUGUUGGCCCUUGAGUUGUGUCCUGGUGUGCUACUGAGGGUUAGUGCUGACACAGGGGACAAACACUUUUCAGAAGCAGCACAGGUUCUGGACCCGGUCGGCACAGCUGGCCACUUGGUCUCCAUUGUGGUGGCUUAUGGGAUACCUAACACCCCCACAGCACUUCUGGCCAAUCACAUGGAAAGUGCACUGAAUGUAGCAAUUGCUCAGAAAGAAAUAAUGCCAGGGGAAGAUGGCUACUCGUUCAGUGCCGUGGCUAGGUUUGUGCUUGAAUGCAUCACACGAAUGCCUACAAGAAUCUGCAAGGAACUCCUGCAGCAGGUGUUUUUGGAGCCUCUCUCUAAAGUGCUCGGUCAAGCCAAAUCUAAAAACCUCCUCCUGGACGCUGCACGUUCAGACACACGUUACCUGAACAAACUCCAUCAGAUGGGCCUCCUGCUCGGUAUAACCGAAUGGAGAGCUGACUUUAACAACAAACUUGUUUUACCAGCUGCUCCUGAAGUUCCCUCACAGAUAAACAAGUCUGUGGUGAUAGAAGACUCUAUGAGUGAUAUGUCAUCUGUGUGGAGUUUGAAUGAGGUGGACAAUGAAGAGGAAACAGUACUGAGCACUUCCUCCAGCAGCUCUAGAGGAGCCCGUCAGCAGGACAAUAAAAGUGAUGAUGAUGAUGAUGAAGAUAAGCAGAUGUUUGAACUGUUGUCUGAGCACGAUGAAGAGAUGGACAUCAGUGUGGAGGGAGGAGAUGAGGACAGUGACAUUCAAGCUGAAGACCAGACACCUGCCACUCAACCGGAGGAAGAAAUGGACAACAGGCACAAAGCCAUCAUAGAGGACAUCAGGAAAACAGAGUUCGGAAUUGGUGUCGAGCUAAACAAGGAGGGUCAGAACUUAAUGAAAAAGCAACAGGCGAGACUGGGGCGAAGUCUGGAACGUCUCUCCACCGAGCUCUACAGCAAGGACACCCACUUUGUUCUGGAGCUCAUUCAGAAUGCUGAUGAUAACAGUUAUCCUGAUGGGGGAGAGCAGCCGGCUCUGACCUUUGUGGUGGAGAAAGACUGCAUUACCAUCUUGAACAACGAGUGUGGAUUUGAGGAGAAGAACAUUCGUGCCAUUUGUGAUGUUGGCAGGAGCACAAAAGGAAAACACAAAUAUGGCUACAUCGGGCAAAAGGGCAUUGGUUUUAAAUCGGUUUUCAAAGUCACUGACUGUCCUGAGAUCCACUCUAAUGGCUUCCACAUUCAAUUCGACAAGACCAGCGACCCCAUGGGAUACAUCCUGCCUCACUGGGUCGAGCAGGAAAGACCUGUGGUCUCUGUAGCCAAGGAGAUUGCUGAGCACAGAUGGGCCACACAUAUCCACCUCCCUUUGCGAUCAGAGAACUACCAGACAAAAAACCUCUUCCAUGAUGUGCAUCCCUCGCUACUUCUUUUCCUCCAUCGCCUUCGUUCCAUCACCAUCAUCAAUGAGGCAGAGAAGCGAAAGGUGUCGAUGAUCCGCCGAGAUCUGAGCAAUAAUAUUCUGGAGGUAACACAUACUGGUGGUGUCGAGCGUUGGCUAGUGGUCAAGAGAAUGCUUUACCCUAAAAAGAUUAAAGAAGACGUGGAGUCGACAGAAUUGGCUCUGGCGUUCCAGCUCAGUGAAACGUCGUCCUGUGAUGUGAAGCCUCAGAAACAGCCCGUCUUUGCCUUUCUUCCUCUUCGUAGCUUUGGUUUCCAUUUCAUCAUCCAAGGCGAUUUUGACAUUCCUUCCUCUAGAGAGGAUGUGGACAGGGACAGUUCCUGGAACCAGUGGCUCCGCUCAGAGAUACCCCACCUAUUUGUGCAUGCCAUGGAUGUGUUUAGUCAACACCCAGAGUUCAGUGGGCUGGCAGGCCUCUGUUACAUCCUACAGUUUAUCCCUCAGCCAAGUGAGAUCCUGGACUUCUUUAACCCUGUGGCCAAUCAGAUCAUUCAGCUGCUAAAGGGCAAAGCUUGCCUACCUGCUAAAGAGGACAAUGAGGGCCGAGUGGAAUUCAAACAGCCUUCCCAGCUUGCUGUGUGUCAGGACCGACUGAUCCAGGAUGUCAUCAGAGGGGAAGAUCUGUGUAGAAACUUGAGCCUCUCGUACUUACAUCCUGCUCUGCAGUCAAGCCUCUCCAACUCUCUACUCACUGCGCUGGGCGUCCACCGCCUACGGGCCACAGAAAUCAUCACUGUCACCUGCGUCAUGGCUAGAGACCUAGUGCAGCAUGGCAGUCUUAAGUCAGAACAUGACUUGAAGAAGCUUGCCAAGCUUUUAGUGUGUAACUUCCGUGCGCUGGAGUCGGAGUAUGGAGAAGUGGACACCCUGCUUCAGUCCCUCAAAGAUGUUCCCAUGAUCCCUCUGGCCAAUGGCACUGUGGUUUCUCUCAGUUCAGAGGGAGUUUUUUUUCCUCUCAGCGAUGUGACACAAACACACACAGAUCUGAAGGCUCUGUACCAGGACCUGAACAUUGUGGAGCCCCAGCUGCUGGUGUGCCUGGAUGAACUGGGGAACUCACAGAUGCGGGAGCUGCUCCGAAGACUCAAUGUUCAUGAACUGGAGCCCCAGCAGGUUCUACACAAUCACAUCUACCCAAUGCUGAAGAGCAAGGACUGGGAGAAAAAGCCCAAGGACAUCAUUGUCAGCUAUCUGGUGUUUAUCAAACUGCACUCUCUGGAACAGGAUUACAGGACCCUGGGCGCAGCCAUACCUGUGUUGACCAACAAUGGCUUCCUCUAUCCCUCAGAGAGCAAGAUCCAAUUUUCUGUAGAGUAUGGCAACAUCGACCUUCCCAUCAUGCUCCCUGGUGUGGAUUGGGUCCUUCUGGACCCCUGCUAUCUGCAGGCAAACAGAGAUGUGACCGGGUGGAGAGAGUUCUUCAGCGUACUGGGAGUGAGAGAUCUGCUUAUCUUCAGAAAGGAAAAACAGACCUUCACAUUCUCUGAACUGGCGUCCAGCCCAUGGGUAGUGGAGAGUGAACUGUGGUCUAAGCCUGCAGAUGGGGUGUAUGUCAUUGAAGAUCAGCACUGUGCAGAGUUUCAUACCCUGGUCACUGCCAACCACCUCACAGUUGACACCAAACUAAAGCAAAGACAAGCACUUAUCAGUCUUCUGGACAAGAACUGGGACACAGGAGAGAAGUAUUCACAAUACCUCAAAGCACAGAUCUUGGACAGCCAGGGACAAUCCAUGAGGGUGGCCAAAUCUUCUUUUUGCCAUUACCUCACCCAGCUGCCCUGGGUACCAGCAAGCAGGCCGUCAUGGGAAGAGGGCCGCCCCGUAGCCUACCUGCAGCCUAAGUCUGUCUACAUCUUUUCUACUGAUGUGCACCGCCUCCUUGGAUCCCACGUUGAUUAUGUUUACAUGGUCCCCAGUGAAUUCACCAGAGCCAUAGGAAUGAGACAUACUGUUCAUGUGGCGGACAUGAUAGACUAUCUGAAGUGUUGGUGCAGUAAGCUGUCCGAGAAUCGGUCAGAGGAGACUGAGGGUGCAGAAUUCACCACUACAGUUGAGCACAUUCAUACUGUGUACCGCUACCUGUAUGCAGAGUGCUCUAGUGUCCAGCUCAGAGACUUGUUUCAGCACUCACCCGCUGUCUUCAUCGAGUAUGAGAGGAAGGAUGAUUGGUGCUCGGGGCGGUUCUACCAUCUUAAGGAGGUUUGCUGGAUUGAUUCGACAGGCAUGUUCCAAAGAUACAAGGAGUUGAUUCGAAGGCCUGACAGUGGGAUACAGGAGCCCAAAGUACUGGCACCAUUUUAUACCAAUUUGCAGGACAUGAAGAGCAUGUUCAAGUCUCUCAAAGUGGAGUCAAAUCCCUCCAUGAAGCAGUAUGUUGCCCUCUUGGAGGCUAUUUGUGAGUCGGCACCUCUUGCUACAGGAGACGUGGUCCAAGAUGUCUCUGUCAUUUUUGCCAAACUAGCUGCUAAAUGUAAAAUACCUGUUCAUGGUGAACAGGAUCAAGACACUCAACUAGACGCCACCUACUGCAGCUCUCUAAAAGAAAUGGUAUCUCAUAAAAGAGUGUUCCCUACCAAGUCUAAUGUCUGGGUCACAUUAGCUCGUAAGCCCAUGAUUGCAGACAGCGCAAACUUGGAGAAGAUCUUCAAAUUGCAUAGUGCGGUUUGUCUGCUUAACCUGCCCUCUGCAGUUAAGAGAGCAGCCAACAAAUCCAGACAUGAAGGCAAGUUGCAAUUUAGUGAGAAGGAGGCGUUCAGUGAGAGAGACCGAGAGUUGUUCUUGGAGAUCUGUGGGAUUAAAAGACUCUCCCAGUGUGUGACCACUGAAGCGCAAACUGAGAGCUACAGGCCUUGCCCUUCCAUGCAGACCCUGGUGCGGCAGGUCAUCCCUUACAUCCAGAGGUUCAUUUUCCACCAUGCAGAUUUUGAAGAGGUUUACAGUGAGCUGAAGGAGAGUGGGAUUGCUAAACAGAUCAACUCACUGAGUUUUGGACAGGUUGGAAAGCUGUAUAUUCAUUAUCGCCUUGAGGUGUCAGAUGGCAACGUAAUCUUUGAGAGCGAAGACAUUAUAUGUCUCCUGAAAGACAAAAAAGAACUAUAUAUCCACAAAGAUAAUCUUUCAGCAAAACUGGACAUCUGCAGAGAGCUGGUGAAGUUGUUCACCACGGAAAAGACUUUAGCAAAAGAGCUGGAGCGCUUCCUGCCGGCCCUUGUUACCAGCAUAAAUGACCAAGUUGAUUUAAAGAGGUUGCUGUACAGGGAGAACACUCUAGAACUCCCCCCAAAUGAGGAACCAUGGGAGGUACCAGCACCUGUGGAACUUAAAGCAGAAGCCAACGUGUCAUCUGUGGCCCGUCCAUCAGCAGCUGUGCAGGAGGAAAUGCAGACAGAACAGAAUAAUGAGGACAGGCUUGUGUGCUGGCCACCUAAAGCCUCUCUUAAUAAAACAGGUGGCAGUAGUUCAGGCAGCCAGGCUGUUGAGGAGGUGAUGAAGAUGUGGCCUCCUCCUGCUUCUCUGGCUCCUGUGAAAUUGUCAUUUGGCCAUGCAACUGAGGGAGGCUCAUCCAACUUGAGCAUCCAUCAACGAACUGGAGAACCUCCAGUCCGUGUAGAUCUAGGAGCUCAUCAUGUGCAGGGUCCCAAGCCUAGUGACAACACCCCAUGCACCACAGAGAUAAAGGAAGAGGUCACUGAGCAGGACGUCCAGCCUGUGGUUGGUCCUCAGCAACAUGUGAAUUCAAAAGCUACUUCAGAUGAACAAGGAAAAACUGCACUGGACAAAAUCAACCUAUCGCCUUCAACAGUAGAUCAACACAGCCCACAGCCACCCUCACUGCAUGGCCAUAAUCCAACUCGGGUUUUGUCAAGCCAGUUCCAGGGAGCUGAAAGUCUACAGCGUCCACCUGUGGCACUUGACAGUGCAGUGUGGACCAAACCGCUGACUCCAGAGGCAGUCCUGGAGGAUCUUGUUCUGGACUGUUCCCUGCCCCAAACUCUGGUGCUCUCCAAAGAAUUUGAUGAUACAGUCUGUAUUGGACAGUGGGGAGAGCAGCUGGUUUUCUCCUUCCUUUCUCACUGGAAAGCGAAUGGAGAUCCUACUGGUCCAACAGAAAUCACUUGGUUCAAUGAGACAGGAGAGAGCGGCCAUCCAUGUGACUUUAAGCUAACCUUUGCAAAUCAGGGGCAAAGAGCCGAUAGAGCUCAAGAGAUCUUUGUAGAGGUCAAGACCACGGUCAAAAGAGAGAGGCACUUCAUCCACAUGUCUGCAAAUGAGCUGGAUUUUGCACUUAAGGAGAAAGAGAAAUAUCACAUAUAUAGAGUCUAUGGAGCUGGCGAUGUACAGAAUGUUCGCCUCUGUCGCAUUAAGAACCUCGCCCAGCAUCUGCAUUCCAAGUCUUUAGAACUGUUUUUAUUUGUGUAGCCAUCUUUCUACCUUUCCAAGUUCAUAGUUGAUUUUACACUAGAAUUAUAAUAGAAUAACAUUUCUGUACACUGUUAAAUUUGAAAUUCUUGCUAGUUUGUAUUCAAUUCUUUGUUCUUAACUCGUAAUGUUUGUACCGACACAUGAUAUUGCACUUUUUAUUGGCCAGUUUGGGUGGACAAGAGGUAGAAAUCUAAGUGGUUCUCUCUGUUAACUUGUUUGUUAAAUUUUCAUGUAAUCGUAAAACCUGUGGUUUCAUAAACUUGGAUUUAAUGAUGUAACUUUACUGUUUGGAAUGCCUUUAUCAAUUCAGUAAAUAAAAUAAACUUUAUAA